AGUUCUUCUAUACGUUUACACUGGUUUACACUAAUCAGUCACUAAUGUUUCAGUUUCAUCAGUUCCAGAAGUUUCAAAAAAUUGACAAGCAGGGAAGAAGUAUUUAAAUACAUACAUAUGUUUUAAGAAAAAUCAGUGAAACACGAAGAAAAUCAAUGAUUACAGUUUAUCAUUUUUAAGUUCAUAGGGAGUGAUUUAUAAAAUUAUUUAUUUAUUUCUUGCCCGUCCAUCUUUCUACGUUUCGAUUAACAAUCGGACUUACAUAAAAUGUCCACGCGUUAUAUGAAAAAAGUGUAUGGGAGCGAUGUGUUACUCGAAAAAGAUAAUGAAAACGAAAAUGAGAUCGAAAAUUCGAUAAUUGGCAAUGUUAAGUCGAAAACAUUCAAUCUGUUUGACGUAUUGAAUGAAAAUUCCGAGGUUAGCGAAAAGGAAAAUGAAGAAGAACCAGUGACCGAAGACAAUUGUGAUAAUGAGACCAAACGUAAAAGAAAGAAGAAGAGACGAAAGAAAUUCGAAAAUUUUAAAACUCAACAAGCUGUUGGAACCAAACAAGAAGAAGAAGAAGAAGAAGAAGAAGAGGAAGAAGAAGAAGGAGAGGAAGAUAUAGAUGAAAUUGAAAGAACUGUAAGAGAAGUAAACAAAUUGCUUGGAGAACCGCUUCCAGGUUGUAGUUCUCAGAGUACAGACAAUUUACAAUGGAUCGAACAAAAAUCCAAGGAGGAUAUUUUAUUUGUGCAGCAUAAACAUUUAAAUCCUUAUAACGAACUAAAAAAAAUUUUUGGUAGUAAAACAGUGCAAGCAGAACAAAACAAUAGAAGAAACAGAGGACGUUUGGGUCAUUUGAAGAGAACUUGGUUGGUUUCUACUAGAAAUAAUUGGCCACCGGUUAAUAAGUCUGGACUUUCAAUGUCUUUAGAUCAUACUGUAAAGUCUGCUAAUAAUGUUCAGUACUUUGUGUACGAGCAUAGCCCGUCGUAUAGACAAGUUCAGUUAAAAUUCUUGGAAGCUGUGGAAAGUUUAAAUCCUGAAAAUAUUGUUAGUAUACUUAAUGCACACUCUUAUCAUGUAGAUGCAUUGUUGCAAAUUGCUGAACUUUGCAAACUUAACGAAGAUUUAGCAAUGGCUGCAGAAUUUACAGAACGAGCUUUAUAUUGUCUGGAAUGUGCUUUCCACCCCUUGUUUAAUGUUACAACUGCUCUCUGUAGAUUAGAUUACAGAAAACAGCAAAAUCGGGCUCUGUUCAUAACUUUAUUUAAACAUCUUAAUUUUGUUGGUGGACGAGCGUGUUACAGAACGAGCUUGGAAUUUUGUAAAUUACUGCUAUCACUUGAUCCAGAAGGUGAUCCGUUAGCUGUGAUUUUGUCUCUUGAUUUCUUUGCUUUAAGAGCAAAAGAGUACGAAUGGUUUAUUGAAUUUUGCAAUCUUUGGGAUAAUGCAAGAAAUUUAACCCAGCUGCCAAACAUAGCAUUCAGUUUAGCUUUAGCUCAUUUUCACUUGGGCCAUCAGACUGUUGCCAGUGAACUCCUACAAAAUGCAUUAAUAAUGUUUUCAGGUGUACUGAUGCCUUUAUUAGACAAAUGUAGUAUACAGUGUGAUGAAACGGUACGAAUUCAUGAUUUCUUUAACAGUAAAGCAGUAAUUUCGACUUCACCAGCACUAGAAAAAUUACAAAAUUUAUAUGUGACACGUAGUUUUCGUUUAUGGAAAGAAACUGAUCUUUUGCCAUGGUUACGUGAAAACGUACAUAUUGUAUUAACUCGUGUUGAUUCCAAAGAUGAUUAUGUCAAGUACUGUGAAGUAAAACGAAGUAAACGUUAUCAAGGAAAGUUGCCGAAAAAUAUUUUACGACAUAUUAUAUUAUCUGAUAUAAAAGAUGUAACUGUAAAUAUUCAAGAGAUACAAAAUGGUGGUUCGGUUCUCUCGCACGAUCCUCUACCCCCUGUGGAUAGUAUUGAUAUUUACAAAAGACCUACAGCAAAUACAACCACAACCCGAACUAGUUCUAAUCUUUUGUCUCUUUUCGUUUCGUCUCUGUUUACAGAUAUUAAUGGAGAAGUUUCAGUAGCAGCCCUGGAAGGAUUAAAUUUGUUUUACGAUAACAAUGAACAAGCGUAAGAUCUAUUUCUGAUUACACUGGAAAGAAAUGAAGUAUACAAAUUUUAUAUUUAAAUGGAAAAAAUGGAAAUGAUACUCAUAUAAACACAAUUUUUAAAAUAUUAGAGUUACU